UUCUGAAAAAAUAGGGCAAAAAUCGGAGCCAGAAAAUUCCUAAAUUUGACCUUUACUUAUACAGAAGAAAUCAUUUCCAUCUUCGGAAUGGCGAAAAGGCCGAGUGCAGCUGGGAUGAUCGGGACGGAAGGUGUCCGCCGGAGAAGGGAAGGAUGGGCAUCGUCACCGCCGUCGCUGUUGACUCGUACGGUCAAUUCGGUGUUCGCCUUUGUCCGCUUUGCCGAGUUCGAGAUCCUCUUCGUCCUUUUCUUCUUCGUUGCUUUCCUCAUCUUCAAGGAUCUGACCUCAAGACCUGAAUACAACGACAUAUUUGUGAAGAAGCAAGGUGCAUAUGAUUGGUGGGUUCACUAGCAAAAAGGGGCAUCAAAAUGCAGCUGUCUCAGAUAUGUUGCCUGUACGUAAUGGUUAGUUAUUUUAUUUUUUUCCGGUCAUUAGAGAUCAGAGGUUGAGGAUGAUGACACAGACAAUAUAUAUGGAGAUAUAUAUAUAUAUACAUAUAUAUUUGUCCAAGUGAAAAUAUUGCUGUGAUGCAUACACUUCGGUUAUUUUCAUUGCGUGAUUGCAUGCUCUUGUUGGACUACUAGAGAAUGUUGUGAAUUAAACGAAAGGGUUGAGAUUCUAUUUUUAUAAAUGAAAAGUAUUUACUUGAGUUUA